AUGGAUUAUGGACUUGAAGCCCACAUAUUGUCAUUUGGUGGUGGGCUUCAUUUGACGGCGAUCGAUUUUAUUGGCUCAAGUCGGUUCAGCUCCGCGCCGCCGCGCACAAGUUUAUUUCCUUUCUCGUCGACAAUACAUCCUGAAAUGAGGCGGGUUAGCGGGCUUGCCUCCGUUCGCCGCGCCGUGGAAGGCGUCGCCGCCGGGAACUACUCCAACCAGCGCCACGACCGCCUCUUCCAGGCGGCUCUUUUCAGCACGAACAGUAGCAGUAACUCUUCGGCUAAAUCUCACUGGUUCUCGAACAACAGGAUCUACGGAAAUCAAUCAGCUAGCGCCGCCGCGCACACUUUCGCGGGGACGAUGUUGUUCUCGGUGACCGCCACCACGCUUGCGGAGGAGGUCCACGCGAAGGAGCCCGUGCAGUUGAAAUUCCGGCCGAAGGACGUCGUUCUGUAUCAGUACGAAGCUUGCCCUUUCUGUAACAAGGUCAAAGCUUUCCUGGACUACUAUGAUAUCCCCUACAAAAUUGUGGAGGUCAACCCUAUCAGCAAAAAGGAAAUAAAGUGGUCUGAUUACAAGAAAGUGCCGAUUCUGAUGGUGGAUGGCGAGCAGAUGGUUAACUCAUCAGAAGUUAACAAAAAAGAUUUCCCGUCAUCUUCUUGGAUAUUUUUCUAUGUAGAUAUAAUAGACAAGUUGACCAAAAAGAUCCAUCCUGAUUUGCCAGCUGAUUCUGUUGGGGAAGAUAGUGAAGAGAAGAAGUGGCGUGGUUGGGUCGACAAUCACUUAGUGCAUAUACUGUCGCCUAAUAUAUACCGAUCCACAUCCGAAGCCCUUGAGUCGUUUGACUACAUCACUAGCCAUGGUAACUUCAGUUUCACAGAGAGAAUAACAGCAAAAUAUGCUGGGGCUGCCGCAAUGUAUUUUGUCUCGAAAAAAUUAAAGAAAAAAUAUAACAUCACUGAUGAACGUGCUUCGUUAUAUGAAGCUGCGGAAACAUGGGUGGAUGCUCUCAAGGGUCAAGAUUUUCUAGGUGGGACAAAGCCCAAUUUAGCUGACCUUGCUGUUUACGGUGUUUUGAGGCCCAUUCGUUACCUCAAGUCUGGUCAGGACAUGGUGGAGAACACUCGUAUUGGUGAUUGGUAUUCCCGAAUGGAAAGUGCUGUUGGAGUAUCUUCCAAAAUCCAGGCCUAGAAUUGUUUGCUAAUAAAAAUAAUCUGAUUGAGUUUUGUUGAUGUAUGUUGAUAUCUUUGAAAUUUACAUGGUUAAUAAUCUCGGCCUUCGCCCAUUUUAUGGUUAUGAUAAGUCUUGAUAUAGGAAGAUUCUAUUGUUCAUUUACUUGUUAUGCUUGCUUUUACUCAGUUUAUUGAAUGAUGAUGUUAUUGUUUGAAUGACUUUCUUUGGGAAAUGAAGGAUGUGAAGCUGUGGCUCGUCUCAUCUUUGUAUCCUUUUAUGCAAUU